AUGGAGCCGGAGCCCCUCUACAACCUGAUGCAGGUCCCCGGGAGGGUGGACCCACCGGCCGGGGAGACACUCUCACAAGGAGAAAAGAAGAAGUUCCUGCCACCCACUUCCAGGAAGGAUCCCAAAUUUGAAGAACUGCAAAAGGUGCUGAUGGAGUGGAUCAAUGCUGAGCUCCUGCCCGAGCACAUCGUGGUCCGCAGCCUGGAGGAGGAUAUUUUUGACGGACUCAUCCUGCACCACCUUUUCCAGAAGCUGACUGGAGUCAAGCUGGACGUGGAGGAGAUUGCCUUGACCGCGGCCAGCCAGCGGCGCAAGCUCGCGGUGGUCCUGGAGGCUGCCAGCCAGAGCCUACAGGUGGAGGAGCCGCAGGCCAAGUGGAGCGUGGAGAGCAUCUUCAACAAGGACCUGCUGGCCACCCUGCAUCUCCUCGUGGCCCUGGCCAAGUGCUUCCAGCCGGAGCUGUCCCUCCCGACCAAUGUCAAGGUGGAGGUGAUCAUCAUGGAGAGCACCAAGAGUGGCCUGAAGUCGGAGAUGUCGGUGGAGCAACUCACUGAGUGCCGCACAGACAAGGACCAACCUUCGAAGGACGUCUUUGAUGAAUUAUUUAAGCUGGCUCCGGAGAAAGUGAACGCUGUGAAAGAGGCCAUCAUGAACUUCGUCAACCAGAAGCUGGACCGCCUGGGCCUGUCCGUGCAGGAUCUGGACACCCAGUUUGCAGAUGGAGUCAUCUUACUCUUGCUGAUUGGACAACUGGAAGGCUUCUUCCUGCACUUGAAGGAAUUCUAUCUCACUCCCAAAUCUCCUGCGGAAAUGCUACACAACGUCACCCUGGCCCUGGAGCUGCUGAAGGAUGAAGGUCUUCUCAACCACCCCGUCAGCCCCGAAGACAUCGUGAACAAGGACGCCAAGAGCACACUGCGGGUCCUCUACAGCCUGUUUCGCAAGCACAAGCUGAAAGAAAGCACGGACGGGGUGCCCCUGGAAUCCCCCAAUUAACCGUCACAGCCCCCAAAAUCUGCUUCUCAGAGCCUGCCUGCCAGGCCCAGCUGGAGGUCCUGAGGGCCGCAGAGGGAUCUCCUCGCCGUCCAGCCAGCCCCUGGGCCUCCCACUCUUAUCCUGUGUGCCUGCGGCACGCCCCAGCCCCCCU